AAACAAUUUUUCGUAAUUAUUGCAAUUUUCUUCGAUUAAUUUCAAUUCUUUAACAUUAACUCUUAUGGGAUUCAUGGUCUUCUUGUAUAAUUUCUGUUAUUUUUUUCUCUGCAAAUCUACUUUUUAGGUUUUGUUAUAAUUUGUUGACAUUUUCUUAUUAUAAAAACCCCCCAUUCUUAUCCACAAUAUCCACAAAAUAUCCCACUUACCGUCCGAAUAUCUGAAACAUUUAAAUUUGCACACCACCCAUCCACGCACAUAAUGUCGAAUUUCAAUCAAACCGAUGAUCAAUAUUACAAUUCGUCGACAACACCAAAUGUAGACCAAGACAUGGCAUCACCAUCACAAAACAGUCCAAUGGGUGGCAGUUCGGCCACCGCAUCGAGUCAACCGAAAAGCGGAUCAUCGACAGAAACAAGUGGACAGGUCUUGACUAAGCCUCGCUUACAAGAACUUGUACGUGAAAUCGAUCCCACCGAGCAAUUGGAUGAAGAAGUCGAAGAGUUACUGUUGCAAAUUGCUGAUGAUUUUAUUGAAAAUACUGUGAACGCUGCUUGUCUACUCGCCAAACAUAGAAAAGUAACGAAAGUGGAAGUCAAAGAUGUGCAAUUACAUUUGGAACGUAACUGGAACAUGUGGAUACCAGGCUUUGGUACGGACGAAUUACGGCCGUACAAACGAGCUACAGUUACGGAGGCACACAAACAACGACUGGCACUGAUACGGAAAGCAAUUAAAAAGUAUUGAAAAUGUAAACUUUUAUUGGAAAUCGCCACGAAAGGAAAAUGUUUCUAUCAAAAUGAAGUUGAAAAUGAAGUUCUCUCCAAAAUUUAAA